AUGCCACUGAUCCGCUACCUGCAAGACAAACUUCCCGAGUGGCUCCACCUGUCCACCGACAGACCCAUAGAACUCGAGAGAGCUCACCGAGCACUGAGGCCCCCACCAGCAGCCAGACAACCACCGCGCCCAAUCACCAUACGUUUCUUGAGAUUCACCGACAAGGAACGAGUCCUACAGGCGGCGAAAACCAACACCAUUACAGUGGGAAACGCCAAACUCAUCUUACUCCAGGACCUGUCAGCUGGAAUACGCCGAAAGCGCCGAGAGUUUGACGAGGUGAAGAAAUGCUCCAUUGACCGAGGCAUCUUUAGGGGAUUCAAAUACCCAAACGAGCUCAGGAUUCUUUACCAAGGAGCCCUGCGACACUUCAAAACUCCCGAAGAGCUAAAAAUCCACCUAAAAAUCCACACAAUAGAGAAUCAGUAUUCCUGUACUGACUGUAGGAAGAAUUUCACAACAGUAAAGGCUCUGACAGUUCAUCAGAGAGUGCAUACAGGAGAGAAGCCUUACUCCUGCUCUGACUGUGUAAAAUGCUUCACAACAUCAACUGAGCUAAAAGUUCAUCAGAGAACACACACAGGAGAGAAGCCUUACUCCUGCUCUGAUUGUGGAAAGAGUUUCUCUCAACUGGGCACCUUAAAACACCAUGAACGUAUACACACGGGAGAGAAGCCUUACUCCUGCUCUGACUGUGGAAAGAGUUUCUCUGUACUGGAACACUUGAAAGCACAUGAACGUAUACAUACAGGUGAGAAGCCUUACUCCUGCUCUGAAUGUGUUAAAUGCUUCACAACAUCAACUGGGCUAAAAGUUCAUCAGAGAACCCAUACAGGAGAGAAGCCUUACUCCUGCUCUGAUUGUGUAAAAUGCUUCACAACAUCAUCUAGGCUAAAAGUUCAUCAGAGAACCCAUACAGGAGAGAAGCCUUACUUCUGCUCUGAUUGUGCGGUGAGUUUCUCUCUACUGAGCCACUUAAAACGACAUACACAUAUACAUACAGGAGAGAAGCCUUACUCCUGCUCUGACUGUGGAACGAGUUUCUCUUUACUGUGCCACUUAAAACGACAUGAACGUAUACACACGGGAGAGAAGCCUUACUCCUGCUCUGACUGUGGAAAGAGUUUCUCUGUACUGGGCCACUUAAAAAGACACCAACAUGUACACAAGGGAGAGAAGCCUUACUCCUGCUCUGAUUGUGUAAAAUGCUUCACAACAUCAACUGAGCUAAAAGUUCAUCGGAGAACACACACAGGAGAGAAGCCUUACUCUUGCUCUUAUUGUAAAAAAUGCUUCACAACAUCAACUGGGCUAAAAGUUCAUCAGAGAAAACACACAGGAGAGAAGCCUUACUCCUGCUCCGAGUGUGUAAAAUUCUUCACAACAUCAACUGGGCUAAAAGUUCAUCAGAGAACACACACAGGAGAGAAGCCUUACUGCUGCUCUGACUGUGGAAAGCGUCUCUCUCGAAUGGGCCAGUUGAGAAGACACCAACUUAAUCAAAGAACACACACAGGAGAGAAGCCUGACUCUUGCUCUGAUUUUGUCAAAUACUUCACAACAUCAAGUGGGCUAAAAGUUCAUCAGAGA